UGACCAGGAAGUGACAGCGAAAGUUUCGGACAGCACGAACCUACACGGAAUGCCUACCAGCUGACAUGUAAGAAAAUUCGACAACCAAAUCUGACUUUUGUUAGUAUACGCAGAUACAGUUGUAAAAACAAUCACAACAAAUUUUUAAAGUAACUCUUCCUGUCAAAACAUGAUAUUUUUGAAAUAAAAUCAUGGAUGCAAGUCAUAAACAGCUUCUAAAGAAGCACCGUGUGGAACUGGUGAACAACAUCAGAGACGUGGACUCGGUUCUGGACCAUCUGGUGUCUGCAGGGGUCAUAGAAGACGAGGAAGAAAGGGAGAUCAAAGACCGAGAAGGGGCAGGUGCGAAGGCGCAAGUCCGGAAACUCCUGGCGAUUCUGGCGGAUAAAGGGGGCAGCAGUUUCCGUUCCUUCUGCACGGCGCUACAGAACAGUGGAUACAAACGGCUCGCCAACUUGCUCAGGGGAGACGAUGUGAAGAAAGCUCUACACGAUGAAACAGCGAUCGCUGGAAGAACCAAUGGAGAAGGGAUGAGAGGCGAAACACCAAGUGCAGCUUCAAGUGCAAGUGUGAGCUCUGAACAAAGCACUAAGGAGGAUGUGGAGAUUGGCCAAGAUGACAUGCAGAAAUAUUUUGACAAAGUCAUCACCAAAGUCAGUAACAAGUGGGACGACCUGGCCCGGAAGCUGGGGUUCAAUGAGAACGAAAUAAAAGGAAUCAGGGCAGAUGAGACAUUGAAGCCUGAUCAAGACCACUGGUGCAGAGAAAUGCUGCACAGGUGGAGAAACAAGAAGGGAAGGGAGGCUACUCUACAGGUUCUGAAGCAGGCACUCAUCGACAUUGAUGAAAGUCUGACAGCAGAGAGUUUAGAUGAGUUACAGGAGCCACAGCCGUCCACUAGCAGUCUUAAAAGGAAGGAAGAACCUUUGGGACAAACAGAGAAGUCGAAGAAACCAAGAACUGAUUCUGAAGAUGAAGAAUCUCAUGAGAAAGCUGUAGCCCAGCCUGGCUCCAUCACCAUUGCCGAAGUGACAGAAGACAGUAUCAGGAUCACCUGGGCAGAAGCAGUUGGCGCCAAAGACAGCUACAGGAUCAGCAUCUCUAAGGCUGAUGGUGUCACCGCUCCUAGUGUAAGUGUGAACGCUGGAGAUCCACUGGAACACACCUUCUCUGGUCUGACAGCAGGAACUGAGUACACCAUCAGUGUUGUAACUGUCAGUGGUGGGGUGUGCAGUGUGGCAAGAACAAAGACACAGAGGACAAAUGAGGCAAUCAUCAGCGAAGAUGGAGAUGAAAGAAACAACAAAUUUUACAAGUUCGUUGAGAGGAGUGAGGAAAUAUUUCACGAUGAGGUGCUUCGAGAUCCAAAGAAAUUUUCGAAAGCUGUAAAAGCGUUUAGACGACAUGCAAACAUAGUCUUGGGUACGGACGAGUCAAGUGCGGACGACUCUGAUGUACAGAAACUUUCUGCCAGGGCAAAGUUGACAAUCAGAAGGAAAACAAAAGAUGAGAUAGCACGGGUUGAUGACCUCCUUUUUAAAGAUACAAGAUCUCUACGUAAUACAGCAAUAUACAAUGGCCUUACACGAAGUUUUCGGCUUUUUAAGGCCACCCUGAGGAGAGCUAUGCGAGGCUGUGUUCUAUGUUACCUUGAAUUUGACGAUGAGUCUUGCUACAAAACAUUUCUGCGAGCUUACAGAGACGGACGUUUGUCCGACACCCUGACCCGGGAACUGAUCACAGACGACAUGAGGGCAGCAGAAGGGGAGGAUCUGUACGUACACGUCACGCUGCUGGGAGAGGACGGGGGAUGUCAGGACGACAGUCUUUCCGACGAAAAUGACCCAAGAGGUCCUACAGGAAGAAGCCAGGUGGAAAUUUCUACAUCCGGGUUUCCAGAUGUCUUCAUCAAACAGGAGCCUCUGUCUCCAGUAAAGGUGGAACCAAAACCGUCGUGCAGCUACGCAACAGAAGCAGAGGACACCAAACCAACUUUAGAAGCGAAGCCCCAACAGCCUCUUGGUGUUAAAACCGAACUUAUCAACAGACGACCUCCGUUCGACUAUCAGAAAGUGCGUCUUCGUGUAAAGGCAGAACCUCACUUCCAUGUGAAAAGGGAAGGACACCAACCCGGUCACGUGAUAUUACAUCAGCACAGGGUGACAAGAAUGGGCCCCAGCGUCAAAACAGAAGAAGAAGAGGAUGAGCAGGAGAAAACAGAAGAGCAUCACUUCAUCAAAACAGAACCACGUCCCAGACUUAAGGCAGAACAACACACUCACCAUCAAAUGAAAAUAGAACAUCACAGACCGCGUCAUAUCACAGACACAGAACAUCACAUGGACACAGAGCACCAAAUUGACACUGAACACCAAAAGGACACAGAACAACACAUGGACACAGAACAACACAUGGACACAGAACAACACAUGGACACAGAACAUCACACGGACACAGAACAACACAUGGACACAGAACACCACAUGGACACAGAACAUCACACGGACACAGAACAACACAUGGACACAGAACACCACAUGGACACAGAACAUCACACGGAUACAGAACAACACUUGGGCAUAGAACAUCACACUGGCACAGAACCACAUCCGUACAUGGACCCACCAUCAAUAAAAGAGACAGAAAUAGUUGCCGGUUUUGGGGUCCAACAGGAACAAACGGAACUGAUGUAUCAGCCACAGCAACAGGAGGAGCCCUUCUGUUCUCACUGCUGCAACCAGCUGAUGUUGCUAGCCGACAGACUGGGUCCCUACUGGACAUGGCUGGCCUUUCAGCUGGGAUUCACCAGUACAGACGUGGAGAGGAUCAGCAGCACCUACCACCCCAGAUACCACCCUCACUGGUGUCUGUGGGAGUGGGUACAGAGGGAGCUGUGGGGAGCAUCAAUGGACGCCGUGUUGGUGGGACUGAGAGCAGCUGGGCUGCACCAGAUAGCAGAUGCGGUGGAGACCGGUGAACUGUUCCAGAAGGAUGUGGACGAUGGGUCAUGGGGGUUAGAGGGGAAAGGUCAAAGUGCUAAAGGUGACGGGUCAAGUUCAGAUGGAGACUCGGAUGACGAUGGAGAUUCUGGUGGUGCAGCAAAACGUAAAGUCACGCCUCGACCAAGUACAGCACAUGAACUAGACAGACAGCUAGCCGCUGUUGCUGACCAUUUGGGUUCCAUGUGGGAGCGGCUGGCUUUGUCUCUCGGCUUCACCACUGACUACAUCCGGGACCUGACAGCCAGGCAGCCCCCAUCCCUCCGUCCUCACCAGCUGAUCUGUGAUUGGAUGAAGAGGAACGCUGGUGACGUCACACUGGAGCGGCUGGUGCAGGCCCUGAGGGAUGCUGGGAUACACCAGGUUGCAGAUGCAGCAGCCUCUGGACAGCUGUUUGAAACAGCUGAGAAGGGUGAGGCUGAAAAGGAGAAGCCAGAGGAUGACAUGUUUGCAUCAAGCCCAGGACAGAAGACCUCGCCUAAACAGGACAGUUCUGACAGUUCCAGUUCUUCUAGUUCCAGCAGUUCUGAUGAGGAAUCAGACAACAUGAAGGCUGAAAGGAAUGAUGAUGGCAGAUUGCUGUUAAAGAGGAAACGUCCUGACGGCAGCAGUUCUGACUCAAUCAGCAGCUCUGAUGAGGAAGAGGAGCAUCAGGGUGCAGCAGUGCUCCUGGCAAGAAAUACCAAGGAAGUACCAGAAAAUGAGCAAUACAACUUGUGUGUGGUGUGCUACAAGAAGAAGAAAGGGCACUCACACGAAAUGCAGUGGGGCCUGCAGCUGAAGGAUGUAGAAACAUUACAGCCCAGCCUGAGUCCACAGGAGGCCAGACGCCUGGCUGCCCAGCGCUUCAUUCAGAGAAUGAUCCACGCCUGUCAGUGCCGAGACGCAAACUGUCUCCCCAGCUGUCAGAAGAUGAAACAUGUGGUGCAGCACACUAAGAGUUGUAAGGGGAAGACUAGUGAAACACAAGUCAACACACCAGAGUGUACCUCCACCUCAUCCUUGUACCCGACCGGAGAAGACGCCUUGGCCUGGAAUGACUACAUCCAAGACUUCUUCAAGAAUGAUGAAGACACGGCAAGAUCUAUCCAGGAGAGCUGGCCAACUCCUGGCAAACGUAAUUUCAUGACAGAAAUUUGCUUUGCAACAACUGACCAAGAGAUCAACGUUGAGACAAUUCAGCAAUACUUUCAGUUUGGUCAACCCUUCAUGAAAAUUACUGUAAGGUCAAAAACAUUCACAGCAGGUACCUUCGGUAACCUGUCAAAAUCACUGUUAUUCACUCCGAAUGUCACAAAUAUAGUCAUUGCAUUAAAUAAAGUUAAUAGCGACGACAUGGUACAAGCCAAGGUUGUCUUGAGCUGCCUGCACAAACUGAAACAUGUGGAAGUCAGAGAAUUCCACUCUGUAAUCGAUCUGACAGCAAGGUUUGCAACUUUCACUCUGCAGUGUAAAACUCGGCCAAAUGUCUGGCCAGGUGUUUUCUCCUUCCUUUCUUCCGACAUCAAAGAAUUGGUUCUUAAAGGUAAGAGAACGAGGGUUUUCAAAGGCAGGAGACUGGGAGAUAUUUAUUACGGAUUGAGGGAAAAAAUUUCCUCACUGCCUGCUGCUGCCGCCGACAACCUUGCAUCGUCUUUUCCCCAUCUAGAAUGUUUAUUUACGUUGGAUUUGAAAUGUCUGAAGGCCAGUUCUUCUGAAUGGCUCACACUAUUCCAAGGAUUGUCGUCGCUACAUGCAACAACAUCAUUUGUGGAGGGGGGCGAGGCUAGCAGGUUUCCACCGCUAAAGGUGUUGGGUUUUUCCAACUGCGACUUGACUAGUGAAGACAUUCUGUCCCUCAUGAAGAAAUUACCUCCCCUCCCCAACUUGGAGGAGAUAGAUCUCAGUCACAAUAACAUUAGUGAUGAGGCGGUGCCUGGUCUUGCUGAAGGUCUUGGUUCAUGUCAGAACCUGAAGAAGGUGAACCUUAGUCAUAACAAGUUGUCUGACAGGGGAGACUUCUUACCUCCCCUCCCCAACUUGGACGAGAUAAAUCUCAGUCACAAUACCAUAAGUGAUGAGGCAGUGCCUGGUCUUGCUGAAGGUCUUGGUUCAUGUCAGAACCUGAAGAAGGUGGACCUUGAAUCUAACAUGUUGUCUGACGUUAGAGAAGUAAUGAAAGCCUUUAUCAACCUUCCCAUCCUGACACGUGUAGAUAUUGAGAACAAUUCCAUCCAUAACGAGUCCCUCCCCGCCAUAGCUGCGUGGCUGAAGGUUAGCACAGCUGUGGAGAAAGUCUGGCUGUAUGAUAACAGGUUCAGUGCUGAAGGGGUCCGAGAUUUUGUGAGAACCAUGAAGGGCAAGGCUUACUGGGGGCUCUUUAAUGACCUCCUGUAUGACGGCAGCCAGGCUGAUGUGGACGAGGCUGUAGAGUCAAGUGGGGAGGGUGCACGGAGGGAGGAACAGCAGUGGGAGAGGUUGAGAGGGGAGACAGGUUUGAUAGAUGUGAAGGUCAGACAACUGACAGUUGUGAUUAGUCAUGAAGGUCGCAGGUCAUAUUAUACACAGCUAGCAUCGCCCUAAGGUGGCUUUCUCCUCAUUGUUCAUGAUUUUUUUUUUAAAAGAGAACCCCGAAAAGCCAUUACCACGAUGAAACAUCUGUUUAUUUGCCCAAUCUUGUAACACAGAUGUUUAUAGGACUGGCUUUAAGAUGUAGAUCCCACUUCUGCCAUGGAUGUCCACUCAAGAGGAAUAAAAAGCACUUUCACACCAACAAGUCAAACCCUCGUAAGGUAUUUGACAUUGUAGAUAUUUCAACUGCCGUGUAUUUUCAUGUUUAGGUUGUUCCCGCUUUAACAUUUGCUCCCCAUCCAACAAGUGAAUAUUAGCUCCACGUGCAAAUUAAAUUCAUUGUAUUUCCAUAUUCAAGGUCCAGGUUCUAAUCUGUUUGGUUUUCCCCUCUCUAUUCCUGGCUAAGUUAAUGUCAGCUCCAUUGGUGACAAGCAUCUUGUAAUUACAACAUUCGUGUGACUCAGUAUUUUUGUAACUUCAACGUUGGCAAAGUACUAAAAGUGCCGCUCUGUUUGACCUAAAACAUUGUGCAUAGAACUUACUGUAACAGCAUGUAUUUUUGUUCAUAUCUUUUACUGUAUAACUAUAAACUGUAUAAAAGUUUAAGAUGAUGAUCA